AUGCAUUUGCACACUUUAGAAGAAAACGCCGGUUUGUUAGCGCUGACACGCGUUGGUAGCAGAAGGGUAGUUCAAAUAUCAGCUGGUUUCAUGAUCUUCUUCUCUGUUCUUGGUAAAUUUGGAGCCAUCUUUGCAUCAAUUCCAGCUCCGAUCGUCGCAGCAUUACAUUGCUUGUUCUUUGCAUACGUUGGUGCUGGUGGUCUAAGUUUACUUCAGUUCUGUAAUCUCAACAGCUUCAGAACUAAAUUCAUCCUCGGAUUCUCGGUCUUCAUGGGCUUAUCGAUACCACAGUACUUCAACGAGUAUACAGCUGUUAACAAGUAUGGACCAGUUCACAAACACGCAAGAUGGUUCAAUGACAUGAUCAAUGUUCCAUUCUCUUCUGAAGCCUUUGUGGCUGGCAUUUUGGCAUUCUUUCUUGAUGUAACAUUGUCAUUUAAAGACAGUGCCACGAGGAAAGACCGAGGCAUGUUUUGGUGGGAUCGUUUCAUGUCGUUCAAAUCGGAUACAAGAAGUGAAGAGUUUUACUCUUUGCCUUUCAAUCUCAACAAGUAUUUUCCCUCAGUGUGAUAAUUGAAAAAAGAUGCCAAAAAGAGUUCAUUGGCUUUGACCCUGACUCCUACUAUUUAUAUCACAUUUUGUAUCUAUCAACUCUGUUUUUUCAAACUGCGUCCCGUUCACUUCUUUUGAUAAUGUUCUUCUCUGUGGUGUUUUCCCCUUUGGUGUAGAGAACAUGCACAGCUUGCCAUUUCAUUUAGAUGUGUAUUUAACAUGUUUCCCUAGCUUGAUUUUUUUUUUUUAAUGUUGUUUAUAGAGUUGACUCGUGUAUUGGGCUGUCUAUGUGAGCCGGAACCCACAUACUUAGAGUGUAAAAAACAUUGUCUUCUUAUUGGGUUAA